AUGGCAAAUAAACGGAAACGAAAUGAUUUAUGUUUGGCUCAGAAAUACGACGCAGUGCAAUUGCUAAUUAAAAAAACUCCACAGGCAGAGAUUGCAAAGAAACUUGGAUGUUCAAAACCACAAGUUUUACGAAUAUUCAACAUGCGUGACGAGAUAUGUGCCCAGUAUCUCGCCAACACUAACCCAGAACGAAAAAGACAGAGAACGGGAAAAGCAGCCAAUGUGGAGAAGGCCUUAUCAGAAUGGUUUUCCGUCGCCAGACAAAAAGACAUUCCAAUAUCGGGCCCAAUAUUAGCUGCAAAAGCAAAAGAUCUGGCAGAGAAGAUGAAUAUAGACCAUUUCAAUCCAACAAGCGGAUGGCUCUCCCAGUGGAAAGAAAGGAACACAAUUGUCUACAAGAAACUUCAUGGUGAGAAAAGGAUGUCACAGCUGCUGACAACUUGGUUGAAGACAGUCCUUCCUGAAAUUCUGCAGAAGUACAAGGCGGAUGAUAUCUACAACGCUGACGAGACGGGACUCUAUUACAGAACGCUACCCGAUGGAACGCUGGGAGCCAAGAAAGACCAGGUUAGUGGUAGCAAAAAGGCGAUGAAUAGAGUAACUGUCCAUGUAGCGUGCAAACGAAAACUUCUUGUAAACGGUAUAAGUAAAGAUCCCAGGUGUUUCCGAGGUAAAAAGGUCCUUCCAGUGACAUAUAGAAACAGCAAAAAUGUGUGGAUGAUGGGUAAAUUAUUUACCGAAUGGCUGAAAGAUUUCGACAAGGACAUGAAGUUGCAAGGGAAAAAAGUGGUCUUGUUAGUGGACAACUGCGCAUCCUCCAACUGA